UGUAUGUCUUUACCAUACACCAUCUUUAAUGCUUAAACCGUUCGCGUUCGAUGCACAACACCUUAAACUUCAAACCUCAAACCUGCGCAAUCUAAAUCAACUCACGCCGGUGUUCUAUUUAAGCCACACACUGGUACGGGCCUUUUGUAACUAGCUCGUAAGAGCUCAAAGAUCUAAAGGGCCAAUUGUUACAAGCACCGAUUUCAACAUGGCGGAUAGACCUAUGCCCUCGUCUUUUGACGAUGACAGGCAGUACAGAGAGACCGGAUUCCAAAAGAUUAGCCGCAAACUGAGAGAGGAACCUCUAAUACCACUGGGAACCCUCCUAACUGUUCUCGCUGUCGUCAACGCUUGGCGCGCCAUGCGCCGCGGCGACCACGCGCAAGUACAGCGGAUGUUCCGGGCCCGUGUCGGCGCGCAAGCUUUUACCGUGAUGGCCAUGGUCGCCGGCGGCGCGUAUUACGGCGCCGACCGCGAGAAGCGCAAGGAGUUGAUCAAACUCGAGGCCCAGCAGCGCGCCGAGGAGCGCCACCAGAAGUGGCUUCACGAGCUCGAGGUCCGUGAUGAGGAGGACAAGCAACUGAAAGCUGCCAUGAAGCGCCGCCAGGAACGCGUCCAGCAACGGCGCGCCGAAGAGCAGGAGAAGGCCGCGAAAGCCGCGAAAGCCGAGACGGCGGAACCGAAGGAGCCGGAUGCCCAGGGUUCCGCUCAAGAGAAAAAAGGGGAGGGAUCUAAUAUCCUAGGUGCUCUGUCAAAUGCUGGCGGUUGGUUUGGAACAAAGAAGAGCGACAGCCCGAAGGCGUCAGAAGAGAAUAAGGUCCAGGAGAGCGGCUCGGAAAAGAAAGCUUAAGUGGAAACCGCCGGAAGUGACAUGCAUCGUAACAUUUGCAAGCGACCACUGCCGGGUUUAAAUCCGAAAACGAAUAAUGCGCAUCAAAACUUAAAUACUUAAAGGGCAGGGAAGAGUACAUGUAAAGGGGGAGAGGGUUGGAAAAAAGUCUCAUUGAUAGGCCAUUCGGAAGAAGCCUAUAUAUUGCACCAUUGUAUAUACCAGACGGCAUCGUGUCUAGCCGUAUAUAAAUGGCAACAUUGAAAAGCGGUUACACAUAAAGCAUGAUAUCCGAACUUGUUCGUCGCCA